UAAAUUUGUUUUAAUUACUCUUUCGUGCUUAAUUAGAGCUUAGAAGUUUUGAGUCAUUUCAAUCAUGUGAUUAGCACGUGAUGUUUUUCCGUUGACUAGGGCAUAUUGGUGUGCAGUGUCGCAUAACGUUCGGACAUAAACUCCAGAUUACAGAACAGAACUGAACACUUUGUACUUACAAAGGAACAGGAACUCUAAGCAGAACAAUUCUCCUGCAAAAUUAUGAACCUUUCCACAAGAUUUGCAGUAAAGCUGCCUCUUUUCAGCACUCGUGUUCCUCUCCGAGGUGCUCUUUAAUCCACAACUUAAUCGGGUGCCCAAGUUGGGGUUUCUGCCAUUUUUACGUCAAAAGAGGAGAUUUCAAAGUGGUUUUUUGAAGAAAAUGGCUACGAAUGUGGAAAAAUACGAGGUGGGUGUUGAAAGCAAGUUGGGGUUGGUUCACCCUGCUACAGAAUUCUAUGCUGAUGAAGCCAUUGAAGCUCUCAAAGUUGGGAAAGUUAUUGCAGUGCCCACCGAUACACUUUAUGGAUUUGCUUGUGAUGCUUGUUCUUCAGAAGCAGUAAAUAGGAUUUAUGAGAUCAAAGGCCGCAAGCAUACCAGUCCUCUUGCGAUCUGUGUUGGUGAUGUGCCCAACAUAAAGCGCUUUGCUAUCACAGACCAUUUACCUGAUGGCUUACUCGAUUCUCUCCUGCCAGGACCUGUUACUGUUAUACUAGGGCGAGGUGAAUCAAGCAUCCUUGAGAAGUCCUUGAACCCAGGAUUAGAUAGUAUAGGAGUGCGAGUGCCUGACUCUGACUUCAUUAGGAUUAUUUCCCGUGGUGCAGAAGGUGCACUGGCUCUUACAAGUGCUAACCUAAGUGGACAGCCAAGUAGUGUGAGCAUCAAGGAUUUUGAGAGCCUGUGGGAACACUGCACAUAUGUUUAUGAUGGUGGUGUGCUUCCGGCAGGUCGUGCAGGAUCAACAGUUGUGGACCUUACGAAGCCUGGAAAGUACAGGAUUCUUAGACCUGGAAGUGCCAAGGAAGAAACUGUUACAAUCCUUGAAAAGUAUUCUCUUCUUGAAGAGGCAGCAAGUGGUUGAAGAUGAAACCCGAUGGUUGUUAUACGGAAAAAAAUUAUUCUUUCUGGGCACAGGAGACAGAGAAGUGAUCCUGUGGUCAUUGUAUUACUGUCAUCAAAACAUAUUCUUGAGUUGUAUUUAUCAGGUUCCACUAGACACAAUCCUGGAUAUGAAUUUGAGUGGAUAGUUAAAAGAACAGGUUUUACACUAAAUCAUGAAAUGGCGGUGUGGGUUUUUUUUUUUUUUUUUAAACUUCAAAAUCUCAAACCUUGUUCAUUAUCUGCUUAAAUUACAUUAUAUGCUGUGUUAAACUGUCAAUUUAUGCAAAUGAGGAAGGGGCUAACAUCUUUUGUUUGCACUCUCCAACCCCAAAGCAACAAAAUCAUGAAAAACAUGUAUUCUGUUGACAGGAAAUGUAGAGGAAGUCAUAUCAAUCUAGAAUUCUACAUGGACAGCAACUUGCCAAACUCGUAAUUCACGUGUUCUAACGAAACAUUGGAUCGUGAAUUUCGUGGGAACCUAACGAAGUGUUUUUGUUGAAAAUCCUGAAAACCUACGUCCUUUUAAUCAAGGAGAUAGGGAACACUGUUUAUUGUUCCACGCACCAAUCCCAAGGAGCCACGUGGGAGUAAUUAACUUCCUGUGACUGAAUAUCCUAGAGUUGCCUAUGUUAGAUUCCUAAUUGUUACCAAGUUUCUCGCCGCCUAAUUCUAAUGAUUCGUCACUGUACCUUGGGAAUUUUGCAGUUAAUUCCUUGUAUUAUGGCCUAAUUGUGAAGUUGGGCUAGGAUAAGUCAAU